AAACGUACCAUGACAGGGCCUGUCUAUUUUAGCAUCACAGUCCACAGUCUGCGUCCCUCACUGAUUUUCAGACUAGCUCUAACACUCUUGUUGUUAGUACCAUACUAAGCGCUUUCAAACUGAAGACAUGAUUUAGAGAGACGUUUAGCUACAGCUGCGAAUAUGUUGUUCAGAUUCGGUGUCAUUCUGACUCCGGAGUCCUCGGACGUGGAGGUUUUAGUUCUCGGUUCGCGUGAGGAAAUGGGUCACUGGGACCCGAACAGGGCGGUUAGGAUGAACGCUUCGCAGAAGCUGCCGUCACCAGAUGAACCGUGUCUGUGGACCGGCGAAGUGGAGCUGGCCGAGCCGUUCAAACACUCUCUGUGGUUCAAGUUUAUCAAAAAGGCCCGGGAAACCAUUAUCUGGGAAGGUAGCGGACCAAGUCAUGACAGGCAUUGUUUAUAUGAUGAAAGAAAUGUGGUGGACGGAGUGUACUGCCACCCAAUUGGUCACUGGUUAGAAGAAACGGGACAGACUGAUGAGAUGAGGCACACCACCAAUUUCUACUUUAAGGUUGCAGGUCAGAAGGCCAUACAUUUCUCCAGUGUUCUGCCAUGUGUCUGGCUGGGAAGCUGCCCUCGACAGGUGGAGCACGUGACCAUAAAGAUGAAGCACGAACUGGGCAUCACUGCUGUGAUGAACUUCCAGACGGAGUGGGACAUAGUGAACAACUCCAGUGGAUGCAGACGUAACCAGGAGGAAACCAUGAGCCCCGAUGCUUUGAUGCAUUUGUACAAAGACUGUGGCAUUGUGUAUGUGUGGCUACCAACACCGGACAUGAGCACAGAGGGUCGGAUCAGGAUGCUUCCCCAGGCUGUAUUCCUGCUCCAUGGACUCCUGGAAAAUGGCCACACCGUGUACGUUCACUGCAAUGCCGGAGUCGGCAGGUCCACGGCGGCUGUAUGCGGCCUUCUCAUGUACGUCGUCGGCUGGAGCCUCAGGAGGGUGCAGUACUUUGUCACCUCAAGGAGGCCAGCAGUCUACAUAGACGAAGAAGCUUUAGUCCAGGCUCAGCAGGACUUCAUCCAGAAGUUUGGUCAGCUGCGAUCAUCCAUUUCUUACCCAGAAACAUGACAUAGACCAGGCAUCAUUCCUACAAAAUGAUCUAGAAGAAGAAGAUUGUAGAGCCGUAUGGCGGAGCUACUCCUUGCCAGAGACACGUCUAUCCUCUAAUCCAGUAAAUCAAGAAGGACUUUACCCUCUUCCCAGAGGUACUUGCCUUCCAGACUUCAAGGAGUACAGUUAUCUCUCACAGUUCUUAUUUGCAGCAUUUCCUCCUUCAUGUUUCCGUCAGAAGCCAUCCUCAGAAAAAUAACAACAUCAUUUUCAGGUCAUAUCGAUAUAACAUAAUCUAUUAAGACAGCAAGCUUCCCUUUUUGAACACCACAAUCUCUCUGUUGACUGUUUGAAAGAGAUUUUUUUAUCCUUCUCUGAUUAAAAAAAUUUGUUACUUUGAAUGCUAAGAAACUUUUUCCUGAAGCAAAAAUCUUUACUGGUACUUUUCAAUGACUUACUGAGCUAGAUGUCAUUUGGGAUGUGUGGGUGGAUAGAGCUGUGCUCCUAUGUUGCCGAGGUGAAUCAGUCAAGUUUUAUUCGAAUGUGUGACAUAAAGAGAAACUCAUAUGAAAUAAACAAAAAUAAUAAUUGGAGAAUUGUGGAUUUUUACCAGUCUGGUUCAUCCUCUAGUACAAUUUCCAUAUUAGUUAAGGUGCCAUGUUCAUCUGUUUGAACAACA